AUCAUUUACACGAGACGCAAGCUUGCGAGUAAGAGAUGGAUGUACAUUCCCUGAAAAUGAGUAUUUAGGAGGAGUUGUGUGUUACCGCUCGAGUCCGUAUUUGCCUCGGAUUCUCGGGUAAAUUGGAGGCAGUUAAUUGAAAUCCAGUACCGACUAGCAGAUAGUAGAUAAACACCGGGAGGUUAUGCAUACAGUUAGCCACGAGUUUGUUAUCAGCUGCCUUCUCCCUCGUUUCGAACGCGGUUGCGACACCCUCCGAUAGACGAAACUCAACCUCGUAUUUCGCGUAAGAUAGUUACUAGGACUUGUCAGCACCCCGAGAUGUCUUCAAACACCGGGACGGAACACGCUCGCGUCGAGUAUUUGGUAACGCGCUUUUUCCACCCGGAAACAUCGAAUGCAGAGAAGCAAGCGCUCGAGGCGGAGAUGCGCGAGCUACAAAAAACUAGCUUUACUUGGCAGUUCUGCUUAACGAACAUGAAUAAUUUCAUGAAUCAGUAUUUAUGGUUCUUUUCCGUACUGACGGUAGAGAAUACCGUAACACACCGUUGGAGCGAACUGACUCCGAUCGAACGUCUUCAGCUACGUGAUGCGCUAUAUGCUCUCUACUCAGGUUAUGAGAUUGAUGUGCCCGCCCUGCAACGUGAGAAAGUUGCACAACUUGUAGCAAUGAUCGGUCUGCGUCAGUUCCCCGACGAGAAUCCACAAUACCUGGAUGAUCUAUUGCAACUACUGCAGGUGAAGUUUAACCUCGGGCUGACGCUAUGCCGCGCCACCGGUGAUGUGAUAACGCGAAAUCACACCAAUGUAUCGAGCGACCGACAAAAGCGGUUUGCGAACGCCAUCAAUCAACACAUUCCACAGCUGCUCGCGAAACUGACCGAGCAUUGUGCCUUUUUCGCCCAGCAACUGAAACACAAUCACAGCAUUCAGCAUUCGGACCCCACCUCAGGCCAUCAUACAGCCGGUUUGGUUGAGCUCAAACGCACGGAGCAGCACACGAUGGAGCUACUGCAAACGUUACAGCAGUUUUUCACUUGGGCCCCACUAACAGGUAUGCAGGACACACUGCUGUGUAGCAUCGCAACCUUGGCGCAAUGCGUAGAAACAUACAUAGACAUUGCGAUUGCUGCACUAUCGACGCUAGCCGAGUUGCUGUAUAGUCAUAAAGUAUUCCCACAGCGGGCCGCAAUGGUGGGUGCGAUACUACCUCUACUCGCCCAGCCCAAUGUCUGGCAGGUAGAUGAGAUGUACCAGGAUAAGCUGACUGAUCUCGUGCGCUUGCUCGUCGAACGCGACUGGUGCCAACGAUUCAACGACAAAGACUUUCCAGCGGCGGAAUUGCUGCAGAACUUGCACACGUUCACAUUCAGUGCGUAUGGUGCGCUCGCGUUCUCCGAUCGGCUUAGUUGCUGGCGUCCGAUCGUCCGCAGUGGUCCGGAAGAGAAUGGUCUCGACGUCACACCGCGCGACGUGUGGCAACAUGGAACGGGCAGGGUGCUUGUAAAUAAGGAGCUGUUACAUACGAUCGGCAAUGCGAUCCAGGUGGUCGGAAGCUACACACUAUCCCGUAUGCUGUUCCAUAACGAUAGUAAGCAACUACUCCAAUCGCUCGACAACACAGAGUUAGAUGAUAAUAUGGAAACGGAGCUGCAACAUUAUUAUAAUCAAUGUCUGGACUUGGUAGAACUGAUUGCCCAAUACCAACCAGUUUACAUUACCAAUAUCGUGUUCGAGGUCAUCGCUAACACAACCCUUCCUUAUCAGAAGGUUUUUGAGAUGUGCAAAAUCCUAAAUCGGUUGCGCACCCCUAGCACGCCACCGGAAUUGGUUGACCCGGCAAAUUUCACGCGGAUCCGGUUCCAGUUGAGGGAUUUUUCCAGCAUAUGCCAGAUGCUAGUGCGGCUGUGUGCCCCACUACGUGGCAGAUAUCAGUCGGUUGAUGCCUCCAUCGAUUGGGUGAUUUCUGAUCAGCUGUGCCUUUUUCUGGCCAUUACCGACGAAGUGCCCGCUGAUCGGUUCUUCUGCCGCGCUGGCCCAUCCCUAGCGCGAGAUUUUGUUCAUAUUACCGCCCAGCUGUUGAUGUGCCUGCAGUCGCUGCUUCAGUUUGGUUCCGGAACGGAAGCGUCACCACAUAAUGCGUACAUUGUGCAGCUCUUUAUGCAUGUUGCUAGAUUGUUGGCACCGCUCGAGCGUUUAGAUCAGAGCCAAUGGAAUUUAUUGGCUAUGGCAGCUGCGAAUUUCCUCUGCCACGCGAGCAGCAAACGGCAUCUCACGCAAUGCUUGUUGGAGUGCAUGGAACCGCUGUACUCAACUAAGCUUUUACACCUCGAUGUUUUCAGUGCGAAGCGACUAAAUAAGGCCAUCUGCAGAUGCUUCGUCAGCCCAUGGAUACAUCCAGUCAACGAGGAUCCUGCAGUGUGCCAGAAACACGUACAUCUUUUAGAUCAGUACGUACUCAUAAUGGCCCAAGAUUUGCUUCGUCUCGAUCCAUCCAAUCCGGAUUGGUGUCGUUUGCUCACCGCUGGAGUGCAAUCAGAGGAAGAGCAUCAAACGGCAGGACUGCGAAAUACCAUAGUGGGCACUAUGGCCGGCAUAAAGUUAGAGAUCAUCUAUCUAACAGAUUUGAUCGAGAACUUUUCCGAUUACAACGGAGUGGUGAAAGAACGGCUCGUAAAUGCUUAUCGGCCCAUCAUUGAGAAGGUGCUGGGGUUGUAUCAAGCGAUUUGCGUUGCUGGACAGAGUACCGGCACCACUGCCUUCACGCGUCAGUUGCUAGAUUUUUCUCACAGCGUGAUCAACGUGCUUCAGGUGCAACUGGGUGAAACUUUCUUGCGUGUCAUCGUGCGCGUGUUCGUUGACCGAUUUGAGAGUGCUACGGCGACCAGUCAUCGUUUGCAAUCCGUCAGCACGUUGCUGGGCAUCUUUCAGUUAAUCGUGGAUCACCCGCGUAGCUAUCGUGACCUAAUGCCCGAAAUAAUUGAAUUUAGUGUUUUUACGAUAUGGCCAUUGUUCCGGGACCAAAGCGAAGCGAUUGUAGACGAAAAAUUGCGGGAUGAAGUCUGCCAGGCAUUGUUUAAAAAUUUUCACUCGUUGCUGCACGAAAGAUUUGAACUGUUUCGGCCAUCCUCUAACGCCGGUGGUGCUGAUUCAGUCGCUGCGCAAGUUCCUCAAAGACGGCUUGAGGCGAUCCUGAACAGCUAUGGCCUAGUUAUCAUGGGAUCGAGCGAUGUUCAGCUUAUUAACGAGGUGCUCCAUUCGAUGCAAGCAAUCCAGGAACGCUGGCAAUUGUUUCAGUUACCAGCCUUCCGUACGCAGUUCCUCGCUUCCUUUGUGACAACGCUACUGCAGAAGCUGGUUGCUGCUGACGGAAUGCUUUAUUCUGGUCCUAUAAUGAACCUGCUUUACUCUAUGACUCGAACAGGCGACGAUUGUAAGCAGGAUCAGCUGGACCGAGCCAUCCAAUCUUUGCUGCUCACACCGGACGCAGCAAACGAGCUAAAUGCAGUGAUGAAAGCAACGGAUUACCCAACGUUUGUGCAGCUUUUGGAAACCUUCAUUCACGAUAUGCACAUACAACAAAGCCACUAACCGGAUAGGGUCUGUUCAUUUUCUCUGUUACGACGUUCUAUGGUCCUGUGUGGAGGCCUUAAACGGAAAAUAUGGCGUCUUACUCAACUUUAUUUAUGGCACCUAGCGCUAAAAUUUGCUUCGUCCCGUUUUUGUUCGCCAAUUGUUAGGAUCCAGGUGUAUCAAACAAAAUUACGGAGGUAUCGUAUAUUUAAAAACAUACAUUUCAAUUAGGCCAAUUUCAAUUAGAAGUGUAGACCUAUGGCAUAUUGAAACGAAUCUCUUACUGCUUCUAUGCUCAAACAGUUCUUUUUGUUUUGUUGCUUGUCAGUCAGAUACAUGUCUAAUAGAUAUUGACAAGCGCAGAUGUGACAUCCUAAUAUAAUAAAUACAAAAUAUGCUAAUACAAUGCUAAAUGGAGAACGCUAGAUGUCAUAAAAAUUCCGAAACCAUUUGAAAGCAUAGAACUGUUGGCGAGUCUUUAAUUUUUAUAAUGCACGGAAAACCUAAGUAAUUCUCAAAAUUAGCCAAUGAUGGUUUAAUAUUUCUAAUAGCUGUUCGAAUGAAACAAAUUGUGCCAAAAAGGAUUGAUAGCUUGUUCUCAAAAUCUUGGUACACAGUACAUCAUUAUUGGAAAUUUAGUGUCGGUUUUAAAAACUCUAGAAGAUAAUCUAACGAUAAUCGGAUGUCAAAAUGUGAGAUACACGGCACGUCAAAAUGUGAGAUGUACAGGGUGCGUCAUCUAGACAGGAUCUAUUUAAAUGUUUAACAACUCCGCCAUUUUUCAGCCAAUUU